AUGGAAGGUAGAAAUUGUGGAUCUCAUUUUAAGGAUCCUAAAUGGAGAGAAGCUUAUCUUGAAGAAGUAAUGAAGUAAGAAUAAAGCGAAAAAUAUAGAGGCCCUGUACCUGGAGAGGGAAUUACAUAUCCAGUUGAAAAUUGGUUUGAUUUUCAAGUGAUAGAUAACAAUAAAAAACCUUUAAAAUUGCAUACAUAUAAAUAUCCUGCUGAAGGUAAAAGAGUUGCUGUCUUUGUUAUAUUUCAUGGACUCAACUCUCAUGUUGGAAGAUCUGCUCAUAUUGCAAAAACUUUAAGUUAAAGUGGAAUAGAAUCAGUUGGAUUUGAUUAUAGAGGAUUUGGUAAAAGUGAAGGUCCAAGAGGAGUCAACUCUUCUCAUCAAACCUUAAUAGAAGAUGUAGAAAAAUUUCUUAAGCAUGUGGAAGAAGUAUAUAAAGGAGAGAAAAUAUUUAUAGGAGGUUAAAGUUGGGGUGGAUAAAUUUGUUAUACAUUAACUUUAAAUAAUCCUAAUCGUUUUGCAGGAGUUAUCAUGUAUGCCCCAGCAAUCAAAGAUAAUAAAAAAAAUAGUCCCUUUGGUAAAAUGAUUGCUUGUGCUAUUGGAGCCUUAUUUCCAUCAAUGCAAACAAUAGAACAAAAACAUGGAUUUGCAAAUAAAAACCCAGCUGUUUCAGAGAGUUUCCCAAAAGAUCCAUAUUCAUAUACAGAUAAAAUAAUACCAGGUACAGUUAGAAAUGUAAUCAAUUAAUAAGAAGUGUUAUCAACUACAUAUAAGCAAUAUAAAGCUCCCUUCUUAAUUUUUACUGCAGGUGUCGAUAAGCUAGUAGACCCUUUAUUGGGAUAUGAUUUGAUGGAUGAAUCUCCUUCAUUAGAUAAAACCCAUGUUUUUUAUGAAAACUGCUGGCACAAUAUGUGGGGAGAAGUAGAAAUUUACAGUGCAAUCGAAAAAACUAAAGAUUGGAUUUUAAAGAGAAUUUGA